UAUACCAACAAAUAUCGCCCAAGGUUUUUCUUUCGUUGCCUGUACGAGUCAGACAUUGUUUUUAAAAAUUGUUGUAUCGUUUCUAGUACGCGAUGAAAGGGGUGCUGUUGAUAAAUGAACACAUAAAAAUAAUUAACUGUACUUGUUUGAAAAUUGUUUCCAGUUGGGAUUCAUUUUAAAUAUUGAAGUAAUAAAUUAUUUUAAUCAGGCUUCAGCAAGGAUACCUAUAUUAGGCCCAUGCAGGAAAAACCGGAAGACCACAACAACAACUGCAGGAGACUAUGACUGUUUACAACCUGUACAUCUUUGAUAGAAAUGGGACCUGCUUGCAUUAUAGUGAGUGGAACCGCAAGAAGCAAGCUGGGAUAUCCAAAGAUGAGGAAUUCAAGCUGAUGUAUGGAAUGCUCUUCUCUAUUCGAUCAUUUGUCAGUAAGAUGUCUCCUCUUGAUAUGAAGGAUGGGUUCUUGGCUUUUCAAACCAGCAAAUAUAAGCUGCACUAUUAUGAGACACCAACGGGACUGAAGAUUGUUAUGAAUACUGAUUUGGGUGUGCCCAACUGCAGAGAAAUUUUGCAUCAGAUUUAUAGCACGCUUUUUGUGGAGUAUGUUGUGAAAAACCCUUUGUGCAGUAUGAACGAACCCAUCCAGAGUGAGCUCUUCUGCACUAAGUUAGAUGGCUUCAUCCGAAGUCUUCCCUUCUUCUCAGCCAGGGCAGGAUAAUAUCCAUCAGAUCUGGGACCGUUGAAAUCCUUGGAAUUCAUGUGAACUGCUGCUCGAUAUUUCUGGCUUGAACAAUGACCUGGGCAUUUUCGCAAUGGAAAAUAUCCUAAAUGUCUGUUUCUAAAUCAUUGUUCAUAGUCCAGGAGGUUUUUGGCUUGAUAAGAAUAAAAAUGAUUUUGAGAUAAUAUUUCUCAAGGGAGAGACAAAUUUAGUCUUUUAUACCUUGUUUGUCUUUUUUUUUAUAUAUCUCACAGUAGGUCAACGGUUUUUAACAGAAUAACAACAUACAGCCAUGGCUCAAGUUUUGUUUAAAGCAAUGCAUCAUAAAUGGGGUUCAGUAAGUUUCCUUUUAGUAGGUAGAAAAGUGCUGAUGUAUCACUUUUGUUAUAAAACAUUUAGCUGGUUUUGACAUGACUAAACAAUUACUGUCCAGUUAAACUUCAAGACACUGGAUAUCCUAGCCAGGCUUGCCUGUGUUUUAAAAAGUGCAAUUUGCAUCUCAUUCAUAAGAAAAUACUGUGACUGGAUAGAUAUUGGGCGAAAAAUGUAAAAUUAUUUAAGUUUUGAUGUAAAAUAAAUUACCUGAAUUAUA